AUGCUGAGAAUGGAUCAGAUGAAACCUCACACACAGAUAUACAAAGGAGUAAGUUGGCAAGUACUAUUUUUCUUCUUAUUUCCCUGGCUUUGUCAUUCAGUAUCUGGUCAGAUUCAUUAUUCCAUUGCUGAAGAAAUGAGAAAAGACUCUGUCAUUGCAAAUAUUGCAGAUGAUCUGGGAUUAGAUAUUAAACAACUCUCAUCUAGAAAGCUGAGAAUUGUAUCACGUGUUGCAGAAAAAUAUUUAUUUGUGAAUUUAGACAAUGGAAAUCUGUAUGUGAAGGACAGGAUAGACCGAGAAGCACUCUGUGGGGCAGAAACAACCUGCUUCCUAACCUUUGAUGCUGUGACUGAAUAUCCUUUUAACAUUGUUAAGUUCAGAACUGAAAUUGAGGAUAUAAAUGAUAACUCCCCCAGAUUUACUCCUGAUUCAUUUUCUAUGGAAAUCAUAGAAUCAGCUCUGCCUGGAACAAGACUGACAUUACAGAAUGCAGAAGAUCCUGAUAUUGGUGCUAAUUCAAUAGACACAUAUAAGCUCAGUGAUAAUCAACAUUUUACACUAACUGAAAGUAUAAGUCCAGAUGGGAGCAAAUUUCCUGGACUUCUGUUAGAAAAGCCUUUAGAUCGAGAGACACUUAAGGAGCAUGAAUUAAUUUUAACAGCAUUAGAUGGAGGACAUCCUGAGAGGUCUGGGACAGCUAUAAUAAAGAUCAUUGUCACUGAUGCUAAUGAUAAUGUUCCAUUAUGUACUCAACAACUGUAUAAAGCCAGUGUGAUUGAAAGUGUACCAAUCAAUACAAAUAUAAUUACUGUAAAUGCAACUGAUAAAGAUGAAGGUAUCAAUGGAAAAAUUACGUAUUCAUUUAGCAAAACAUCAGGUAAUAUUCAUCACACAGGCAUGUUUAAUAUUAAUCCUAGUAGUGGUGAAAUUAAGACAAAGAGAGCUUUAGAUUUUGAUACAGCAAGAAAUUAUGAACUUUCUGUACAAGCUAAGGAUGGAGGUGGUUUUGUAACUCAUUGCAAAGUAUUGAUAGAAGUAAUUGAUGUCAAUGACAAUGUUCCUGAGAUAAUAAUUAGCUCCUUCUCUACUCCCAUACCUGAGGAUUCUGCAGUUGGCACUAUGAUAGCUCUAAUUGAAAUUCAUGAUCAGGAUUCUGGAGAAAAUGGGGAGGUUGACUGUCAGAUAAUUGAAGCAAUACCUUUUGAUUUGAUCGUGUCCUCUGACAGCUAUUACAGAAUAGCUACAAGAUCUCUUAUGGACAGAGAACAGCAGUCAUCUUAUAAUAUUACAAUUUUAGCUACUGAUAGAGGCUCUCCUUCUCUUUCCAACAGAAGAACCAUCAAACUGGACAUAUCAGAUGUUAAUGACAAUGCGCCACUUUUUAUGAAAUCUACCUAUAUUGCUUAUGUGCCAGAGAACAAUUUACCAGGAGCCAUGAUCUACAGAAUACAAGCAUCUGAUCCUGACAGCGGAGACAAUGCUAAGAUUCUUUAUUCCACUUUGGGUAUCAGUUUAGAAGUUCAGCCUCUACCUUCCUUCAUAUCUAUUAACUUGGAAACUGGAGUUCUGUAUGCUCAGAAAUCUUUUGAUUAUGAGCAGUGCAAGAAAUUCAAAAUAGAGGUAACUGCCAGAGACAGUGGAUCCCCAUCUCUGAACAGUAGUACAACACUAAUUAUACAUAUUUUGGAUCAAAAUGAUAAUGCACCAACAAUUUUGUACCCAUCUCCAGAAAUUAGUGGAUUACCUAUCUUUGAGAUGGUUCCUUUUUCCUCUGAACCAGGUUCUUUAAUUACCAAGGUGGUUGCAGUGGAUGCAGAUUCUGGACAUAACUCUUGGCUCUCUUAUCACUUCAUUCAUGUGUCAGAGACAUCUCAUUUUAUUAUUGAUGAACACACUGGAGAAAUCAAGACGUCACGUGUCUUUCAGGAAAAGGAGCUGUUAAAUCAUAAGGUUUUGGUGAUGGUGAAGGACAAUGGGAUCCCCUCUCUCUCAGCUACAGUCACCUUAAGCCUUGUUGUUGCAGAUAGUUUCCAGCAAGUGGUUCCUAAAGUCAGCAAUCACAUCAAUGAAGAUCCUCAAACCAAUGUGCAAUUAUAUUUAGUUAUUGCACUAGCACUGAUUUCCUUUUUAUUUAUUUGUACUGUAAUGCUGGUCAUUAUAUCAAAAUGCAGAGAAGAAAAGCAUGCACCAAACCUUGGAUCUCUAAGUGCUAGCCUGUAUCCUCCAGCUGAUCCUAGAAUACUCUCCAUGUAUAGCAAUGGAACAUUACCUUAUACCUACUCAUACAAUGUGUGUGUGGCUUUAGACUCAACGGAUGACUUCACCUAUGUACAAUCUAACAAAAAUGUCACUGUGGAUAAUCUUAUGGAUGCUGAUGACUCUGGACUUCAAAAUUACAGCUUACAACAAGCUUUGCCAUCUAGUAAUGAGGUGAGUAAUAUGUAA